CAAAUCAUGACAGUCCCAAGUCUCUCCUGCAGUAUUAUUAUACUCCAUCUCAAACAUUUCCGGACACUCUUCCCACUCAAAGAGAGGAAAAGAACAAUAAUGAAGACAGUGUUGCUCAUCGUCCUCUUCUUCUUCUUCCAAAAUUUCAAGACAUCUUCAUCCAUCCACCACAAGUACGACGCAAUUUACAACUUCGGUGACUCCCUCAGUGACACUGGGAACUUCCUCCUCUCGGGGGCACUGGCAUUUCCAGUCAUCGGGAAGCUUCCUUAUGGAGAGACAUUCUUUCGGCAUGCAACUGGCCGAUGUUCAGAUGGACGACUCAUUAUAGACUAUAUCGCUGAGGCAUUUGGUUUACCACAUCUUCCACCGUAUCUAGAUAUAGUUCGGGAGAAAAAACAUGUGAAGACUGGAGUGAGUUUUGCAGUUUCCGGUGCCACAGCGCUCGACACGCAAUUCUUCUAUGCGCAGGGGCUUGGACCGCUUGUGUGGACAAAUGAUUCGCUAAGCGUUCAGCUUGGCUGGUUCAAGAAGUUCAAGUCCUCUUUGUGCUCCACAAAGCAGGAAUGUGAUGAAUACUUCAAGAAGUCGCUAUUUCUGGUGGGGGAGAUUGGUGGAAACGAUUACAAUUAUCCUUUCUUUGUUGGUGGAAGCAUUAAACAAGCACAAGCUUUGGCGCCCUUAGUGGUUGGAGCAAUUACUAAAGCCACCAGCAUGCUCAUAGAGGAAGGUGCGAUGGAUGUGAUGGUGCCUGGAAAUUUGCCAAUUGGUUGCUCGGCGGUUUACUUGACCAUAUUUGGUCCGACCUCGAACCAAUCAGACUAUGAUCCAAGAACUGGUUGUCUGAAAGCUUAUAAUGCUUUCGCUCGUUAUCACAACCAACAACUGAAGCGAUCGCUGCAAAUGCAGAGGCUGAAAUACCCUCACGCAAGAAUCACCUAUGCUGACUAUUAUGGUGCCGCAAUGCGUUUAUAUCACACCCCAAAACGUUACGGAUUUAAGGAAGGGACCUUGAAGGCAUGCUGUGGAGGUGGCGGCCCAUACAAUUUCAACAACUCGGCUAGGUGCGGCCACACUGGCUCGAGAGCGUGCUCAAAUCCAUCAGCGUAUGUGAACUGGGACGGGAUCCAUUUAACUGAUGCUGCUUAUGGGCACAUUUCUAAGGGUCUAAUCUAUGGCCGCUUUACUUCUCCACCUCUAACCUCUCUCCUUGGUAACUGACUACAUUAGACAUUAUUCUUUUCUCCUUUUCUCUAAUAAAUUGGACAUUCGAGAAAGGAAACCCUUCAAGAAAUAGGGGUAGCGCAGUAGCGCAAGCCUGAUAACCAAAAAGUUAGAUAUUCGAUUCUCGUGGUGGUACUAUUUAUGCUCCUUUAUUAGAUAGGAUAAAUUUUAUUUUGUCAUAUUACACUCACUAGCCUCUCUUAUAAUUGAAAAUAAAAAAAUGUUGGUCCUUCUAGACAACAUAACAAUUGCAGU